AAGAGGUCGUCAAAAAGUACAGAUGGUGAAAAUGAAAACUGAGAGCAACCUUCAAAUUACUUUUUCAAAAAGAAAACAUGGUUUUUUUAAAAAAGCUAGUGAACUUUGUACCUUAUGUGGUGUAGAAAUGGGAGUAAUUGUGUUUUUACUAGGUCGAAAAGCGUUUUCUUUUCGGAGCCCAGAUGUUAAAUCUGUAGUUGAUAAUUUCAAAAACUAUAUCUAUAAUCAUGUUCGUUUUUUUAACGAUGGUCCAAACGCAAAUAUCCAAGCUCUCAAUAGCAUAUUCACCGAGGAGUUGGCAAAGUUUGAAGUGGAGAAAGUAACGAAGAAUUAUUUGGAUCAGAUCAAAAUUAGAAGAGAUGAAUUAGAGCAAUGGUGGGAAAAUCCUCUGAAUCAACUUGACAUACCUCAAACCACUUGUCUGAUCAAUGUUCUGGAAAAUUUGAAAAUGGAAUUGGGAACUCAACAAUCCCAAAACUUGCAAGCAAUUGUUCCUCAUGAGGAUUCAUGUUUGGUGGUGGCAAUAUCGAUCAUUUCGACCAAAAAGGAGUGUUCGAUG